CUCUUAGUCUCUUCCUCUGACGCAUACAGAAACACACGCCCAUGGCCGUCCUCUUUCCCCAGCUGCAAUUAUCAACAGAGCGUUUUACUUCCCUAGGUUGAAGGCAGCUCUUUCCAGGACAUAUUGCGACUAAGACGCUACAGAGAUCAUAAUGAGUGUUCCUUUGGGUUACGAGCAUGACUAUCAUUAUUAUGAACAUGAUAAUAGUUCCAACCACAGUGACUACGACUACAAUGAUUUUGCAGACUUCCACACAGUCUGCGACAAACAAGAGGUCAGGUCCUUCGCUGGGGUUUUUUUGCCAGUCAUAUACACCCUAGCAUUGAUCCUGGGCAUGGCCGGAAACUCACUGGUCGUCUUAGUUUACCUUUCCCACAAACGCUUAAGAACGCUGACGGACGUCUUCAUCCUCAACCUGGCAUUUGCAGACCUCCUCCUGCUCUUCACACUGCCCUUCUGGGCUGCAGAUGCAGUGAAUGGCUGGGAGAUCGGCACAGCGGCCUGUAAGAUCACUUCAGCUCUCUACACCACUAACUUCAGCUGUAGCAUGCUGCUGAUGGCCUGCAUUAGCAUAGACCGCUAUCGUGCACUAGCCAGAGGCUCGGCCAUCGCCAAUGCCCCAGCCAGGAACAAUGCCCGCAGGCAGAGGAUAAUCAUGUGCCUCCUGGUUUGGGGACUUGCCAUUAUCCUCGGAUUGCCAGAUAUGGUGUUCUACAUGGUGAAGACGCAGCACUCAAGUGGGCGUAAUGCCUGCCGGGCAGUUUACCCACACAGCAUGGCGCGGGAAGCUAAGGCAACUCUGGAAAUUCUGGAAGUGUCUCUGAGCUUUCUUCUGCCUUUCCUGGUGAUGAUGUUCUGCUAUUGCAGGGUUGGAAUUGUGUUGAGUCAAGCAGCAACAGCGGGUGUACGUGGUGGUAGAAGAUGGCGGGCAUUUCGAGUGUUAAUAGCAGUAGUAGGUGUGUUUUUGUUGACCCAGCUCCCCUACAAUGUAGUAAAAUUAGUCAGAGCCCUGGAUGUAAUUUACAUUUUAGUGACGGAGUGUGAAAUGAGCAAAAGCCUGGACCGUGCAAACCAAAUCACUGAAAGUCUGGCCCUCACACACUGCUGCCUGAAUCCUGUGCUCUACGUCUUUAUUGGCUCGUCCUUCAAACUGCACAUUUUGAAGCUCGCCAAGCACUGCGGGCAGACAGGAAGAGGGUACCGCCAUGGCAAUGAACAGCCCACCGUUGAGAUCUCCCUUAAGUCAGGCACACAAACACAAACGGACUCUUCGUCGGACAAUGAAGACACUAGUACAUUCACCAUAUGACACAGCAAUAUCUUCAGCAAUGAGUACUGCCAACUAUAUUACAGGACAUUAUUAUUUUAAUUGAAAGUUAAAGCGUUUAAGUAACUUUGACAAUAAUGUACAGUUAUCAUCUAUAAAGUUCAUUAAGUCUGAAAUAUAUAUAUUUUUUUAUGUGGUUGUGUGUAUACAGUUGAACACAGCUUUUCAAAGAGUAAUUUGAUUAGAUUUUUUGUUAACACACAUGAACACAGGCACUCAUUAGAAUGUUUCAUUUUUUGUUCAGUGUCUGCACUAUUUCCACUCAUUUAAACUAGAGUAUAUUUUAACUUGUCUCAACAAUGCUCAACAAUAUGGGCAUCUAUUAUAAUUGUCACUGCCAUAUCCACUAUGUAAAACAACAGGCCAAGUUUGUGUUGCCAACUGUGGGGAAAAAAAUAAGGUGCAUGUGUGAGCAAAGCAUCCAGAGUAUGUGUGGUUAGAAAAAUCUGGCUGCUCUCAUACAGUAUGCAUGUACUAUGGUGCUGAUGCAAUUUACACCAUAUUAAACAGUGUACUCUAGCAAACACAUAAAAAUCUAAGUAUACUUUGGCCUUAGGAUUAAUGCAUUAACCCGAAACAUUCCACUAAGACAUCUUUGAUGAGAUCUUUUUAAAUGUUAAAAGAACAAAGUAUGCUGUUUAUCAGAAGACUUGCAUGGAAUCUGAGCCCGCAGAAUUCCAUAGAAAACUUCACAGGCGGGUGUGUUUGUUUAUUAAGUGUUUUGGAUGCUGAGGCUUUCUUCUAACAAACAAUAGUGUUAUUACUCAGUUUUGAGAAUAAUAUGUGGGCAUAUCUAUCAGUUAUCUUACUGACCAUAUACUGAAAGUGUAACUGAAACUCGGGGAUCUUGUGUAGAAAAGAUACCCUGCAUACCAGACGUUGCAUAUUUGUAUAUUAUAUAUCGCCAAUGUAAAUAUAUUUUAGAUUAAAGUAUACUUUAUGGACUUGUAUUGGA